UGAGAUACUACCUACACUACACCCGGUGUACAAGCCUUCCCAACUACGAAUACCACCAGAAGAAUACAUCAUACACCAACCGUGAAACCCGUCAAGAUGGAGCCUCGAAUGCGACCGCGACACAAAGGACAACAGUUCCCCGUUGCCGAUUUGGAAGCAUACCUCUACGCGUUCGGCGACGACCGGAAUCCCUUGCCCGAAACCGUCAAAGUCCUCGAUGAAAUCAUAGUCGACUAUGUCAUCGAGACAUGCCACGCUGCUGCCCUCUGCGCCUCAUACAGCCGACGGUCGAAGAUCAAGGUGGACGACUUCAAGUUCGCGUUGCGCCGCGACCCGAAGAAGCUGGGCCGUGUGGUGGAGUUGCUCAACAAGCAGAAGGACUUGCAGAGGGAGAAGCGGUUGUUCGACGUGGAUGAGGGGAAACUGGGGAAGGGGGAGGGGAAGAAGGAGGAUCGGGCGGCCAAACGGGUGAAGGUGGAGCGUUGAAGUGGCGGGGAGCUACAGCACGAAACAUUGUAAAUCCCCGGCCGCGGAUGAGGAGGCCUUUCGAAAUAGCGGUGAUCAAGAACUGUCUUGGAACACCAUAGAGUACUAGCUACCAUGGAUGGUAGAGAUGGGGAUUUCUCGCUCGAGAGUCAUUGGCCGUGGAGCACGGAAGAGAGGACCGACGUUGAGAUGAUCCACGGGGGUGGGAUUGUCUGGAAAUGCUUGUUGGAAAUGCUUUUUU